AGAAGAGUAAACUCUACUCUUUGUGAUUAUUUUUGCUCAAGAAAAUUAAACUAAUCUUUUUAUUUUUUACAUAAAAACAAAAAUUAGAAAUAAUUAUUAUUUAGAAUUAAAAAUACACAAAUAAAAAUAAACCAAAACAAUGUUCCUCUUCAGUGUUUGAUCUCAAAAGAAUAAAAAUCGCAGAAGAUUUGUGUGAAGGUGUUCUUUUUUUUCGUAUUUUCUUUUUAAUUUGUAUUUUGUAUAUAGAAUUAAAAAUUCCUCAAAAAAGCCAAUAUUAUAUUUAAAAAGUUAAAACUUAAAACAAACAAAUUAAACAAAUAAACAAUAAUAACCAAACAAACACGAUGGAACCCAACGAUGAGGUUGUCGAACGCCAAAAACUCGUCCCCAACGACAUCGAAACCGAAGAGGAACCAACCAGCCAAGUGACCACAGCCCCCCAGAGUGCCCCAAAAUCCGCCCCAACUCCAGCAUCUCCAGUCACAAUUCCAAAGGUUAAUAUUAAAAGCACUUCCAGUGGUGAUACAACGCGAAGUCGAAAUUCAGCUUCAUGUUCAAUUGAACGAACGACUUCGGAUAAAAAUACUUCUUCGGCCAAAGUGACCUAUGUAAAUGAGCGUCGUCAAAAACCUCAAGAUGAAUCUAGGUUUGAAUUCAAAUCACGUCCAAGGAAGCUCCUGAAAGAAAUUGGUGACAACGACGCUAGCGGUAGUAGUGUUGUAUUUGCUCCGGCCCUAAACAAUAGCGACAAAUUUGAUGAUCGGCCAAUUAAGCAUCAUUCUUUUGUCUCAGAAGUUCCGGACGUGAAACACAUGGAACGUGCAUUGCUCGGUCUUCUCGACGAUUUCCAUUCGGGGAAGUUAAAGGCGUUUGGUUCUGGUUGUACAAUGGAUCAAAUGACAAAAAUUCGAGAGCAGCAAGAGAGCCUGGCCAAGUUACAUUUUGAAUUGGCAGCUGCCGAAGAAGACUCUCUAGAUAGUGGCACCGAUUUGAAUGCAGCCAAAGCGCAGGAGAAUAUGCUACAGUUAGUCCAACGACUGGAACAGUUGUCGAUAUCGAUAGAGCAAUUACAAACUAGCCAUACGGGUCUUUGAGAGAGUCUUGGCGAUAUUUUUGGAAGAAGAAAAAACGGUUGUAGUUGCCGUGCGGUGCGUGUUUUUAGUGUAGUUCCGUUCGAGUGCGCGCGUUAAAAUAUAUAAAUAUAUAUAUAUACAUAGAUUUUUUAUAUAUGUAUAUUUAAAUAACAAAAACAAAAUAUGUUGCGUAGAGAGUUGUUGGUUUUUUUUUUAUCCAUUUCCAUUUUUUUUGUAAAAUUUGUUCUUCAUGACAAUUUUGAUGACUCUGAGACUUAUUUUAUUCCGAGAUCGUUAUUUUCUAUUUAAAUGUAUUUUUAUUUGACAUUUCCUUUUUCUAUAUACAUAUUUUUAAAAUAUUAUAAAAGAAUGAUACAAAAUUAUUCCACUUUGUUUAUUUCUUUUUUUCGAAACAACAUUUUUAAUCAAAAACAAACGUGUGUUGAAGAUUGAAAUUUAAAAAAGGAUAAAUGAAUUAUUAAAAUAGACGUUAUUUUGUGGAAUAUGUCUACUGCCGUGUUUAAUUUUCUUAAACCAGAAAAUACCCCCUCCCCCCACAAAGUAAAUACGAAUUUUCGAGAAUGAAUAUAAAUUAAAAAAACAAAAA